GCCUUAAUACUAGUUGGUCUGAUGACGAUCAUGGUAGCAGGUCAAAACGAAUGGGAAGAAUUCAAUUUAGAGCAUGAUGAAUCUUUAUUGUACGAUGACAUUUCCAGUUACGCCUCCACACCUCCUGUGGCAACGGCCAACAAGGUUAAUAACAAUUCUAUUGUCUUUCCAACAUCACCUUCAAAAGAGCCCGAUCCAGAGCCAGAGCCGAAAUCACCGACUGCAGCCAUUCACGCUUUGAACGCUAAGACUGCCAGACCUUACAGCUUUGGAUAUGCGGUGGAGGACAGUAAAGCUGGCUUAGAUUUCGGACACAGUGAGACCAGCGAUGGUACGAGUGUUACGGGAACGUAUUACGUUUUACUUCCUGACGGGCGUAAGGAGACUGUCAACUACAAAGCUGAUGCAAAUGGAUAUGUAGCAGAGGUUUCCUACGAAGGUGAAGCAAAAUUUGAUGAUAAACAAGCACUGAAAACAAAAGGUACCUUUGGGAAACUACAAGUGGAUUCCGGAAACUCUGGACCUGGUCCAGCAGUUGGUACAAAUGUUGAGACCCCACGAUCUGGGCCUUCUUCUAAAGCCCCGUCUUCACAAGUAGUUCAGCAAACUCCAACAGCUCUUGGGGGUUCAACAUCAUCAACUCUUAAAACACCAACGGUCAAUAUCAGUUCAACUGCUAGUACCGCUACUUCUGCUCUUCCUUCUAGCACUACCCAACCUUCACCUGUUUCCACUCCAAUCCCCUCUCCAACCUCACCUUCAACUGCAAUUGAAUCUUCAACUACAAUCCCGAAAUUGACUACAAUUCAAACUCAAAUUUCAAACCCAACUGCAAAACCGACUACACCUUCCGUUUCAACCUUGAUUGCAACUUCUACUCCUAGUCCCAUCUCGACUUCUGGAACUCCUCCAGUUCCAGUUACAAACGCAUCUUUGUCUUCGUCUCCGAUUUCAACUGGAACUCAAAUUCCAAACCCAACUGAAAAACCUACUACACCUUCCGUUUCAACUUUGAUUGCAACUUCUACUCCUAGUACCAUCUCGACUUCUGGAACUCCUCCAGUUCCAGCUCCAAACGCAUCAUUGUCUUCGGUUCCGAUUUCGACUGGAACUCCAACCCCUCUUACUUCAAAUUCUGGUAUUACUACAGUCCCUGUCACAAGCCCAUCUUCAACUGCAGUUCCAACUCAAAUAUCAGUUCCAGAUACAACUCCACGUCCAAACGCAACGUCCAUUUCAACUCCCAGUGUAAUUACCUCUCUCCCUAAACUCUCCUCAUCCUCCGUGACAAGCCCAGCAACAACCUCAGUCCCAGUUCAGAAUCUAACAUUCAUGCCAUCACCUCAAACCCUUGGAACUCGACCCACUGGAGCACUUACGCUUUCCUCAGAUACCCCGUCCAUUCCUUCAGUCAUCCCCAAAGCUCCUGAAACGUCAUCUUCAACAUCCAAAUCUUUUUCCGACGCUCUAGCAGCUUUCGUUCGUUCAGCUGGGCCGACCUUCAUUUAUUGCCGCAAUCUUCUGCCUAAUUGCACAACUAAAAAUCGAACAUCUCGAGCCUCGAGCAAAGCAAAAGGAUCUACCCCUCAAACUCUUUCACUUUGCAAAUAUUGCAUCACCUUAAAGAACACCUGCUCCAACCUGGAAUCUUCUGAACCCGUAUCUCCUGUCCGUAAUGACACAUAUCAAGCAUUCCAAGCUCUAAUACCUUCACCUCCUUCAUGGCCACCUGUGACAUCACCCGUAGCAUUAACAAGAGCAAUCAACGAUCCGACCUCAAAUUCAACUGCGAAACCUAGGCCGUCCGACCGAUUUGCCGAAUCCAUUGAUUUUAGGGACGUUGUGGAUGAAGCUCCUUCAGGCCUAUCUGAUGUUGCCCAGUACGCUGAAACGCAUUUCAAUUACUGCCGCGGAAUAAGGUCGUUCUGCCCUCGAUUAGAAUCUACUCGACCCUAUUGGGAAGGGUCUUCUGAAGUUCCUCGUAAAUGGAAAGAAUCAUUUCUUUCAACCAUCAACGCGUGUAGUUACUGUCGCAGCUUGUGGCCUCUCUGUUUCGAAUUGGAAACAUCUGAAUUUCUCCUAGAUCCAGCGCAAUUAUUCACUCUGCGCGCACUGGAAGAGGAUGUCAGUGAUGCUAUUUUCACUCUGAAUUAUUGUCGUAACAUGACGGAAGAUUGUUCUAAAUUGAACGCUACCCAAUACUUGCAAGAGUUUACGCCUCAGGCCCGUUCUGUUCCAGUGGCAGAUCCUGUUCAAACUCAAAUUUCAUUUCUCGAAGAGCAAUCAGUUUCCGAGCUCGUAGAAGAUCUUUCUGAACCGCUGCAAUCCGAGGAUGGAAAUGAAGAGGAUUCAGGAGGAAUCCAACUUGUUAUAUAUUGCCGUCGCGUAUCGUCGAUUUGCUCUCAGUUAACGUCUAUGUAAUAAAAUCGACAUGGAAGGAUCCCGAAGUAAUCCAACCUGGCAGAUUAGAAGGAAAAGGACCUACGUAAUAAUAGACUUGUGUCGUCAUCAACUAUAUCAAGAAAGCGUCAAGAUCAAAAGACAAUUACAUAUACCAGUUCAUGUAAGAUUAUGAUUAUUAUUUUUUAACUUAUUCAACCAAUAUUCUCGCAUAGUGUGAAAUAUAAUAAAGAGA